GUAUGUUUUUUGUUUUUACUGAGAAAUAAAUAUGUAUGAAAUAGAUUUCAAUGAGAUUCCAUGGGUACUUAUAAUAAAAGUUACCCACUCUUUAAUUUGCACUCGGCUCCGCUCAAAUUAAAACAGGCCUGUGGAUUUAUAGUAUAAUAAAGAAAUAUAUUUUAUAAUAUUUCAAUUUCAGUAACAGUUCGAAAUGACUUCGAGAUCAGAGGAUCCAUAUCCAGAAAUUACGGAAUCCGGAGGGAGAGAGAGAAACACAGGGAAAAAUGACGGGUUUGGUAGAUUAUUGCUAAAGUUUCUAGCCAUUUACUGGCGAUCUUUCGUUGUGGUAUUAUGGCCGUUAGUCCUGAUUCCGAUAUUAACUGUCGAAAGUGAAAAACCUCUCGCAAUGAAAUGUUUAUACAUCGUCGCGUUAAUGGCGAUGUUCUGGGUCACUGAGGUUUUGCCAUUGCCGAUCACGGGUAUGAUUCCAGUGGUCCUAUAUCCCCUGAUGGGUAUUAUGUCCACCAAUGAGACCUGUCUAUGCUACAUGAACGAUACUACAAUGAUGUUUCUGGGUAGUUUGGUAAUCGCAGUGGUUAUCGAAAACUCCGGCUUGCACAUGCGAAUGGCGCUAUUCAUUAUCAAGACUAUUGGUUGCAGUCAUCGAAGACUAACAUUAGGACUGUUCUUCGUGACGAUGUUCAUUUCAAUGUGGAUUUCGAACACUGCCGCUACAGCCAUGAUGAUACCAAUAAUGGAAACUGUUCUCGCAGAGCUCGAAGAGCAAGGACUCGGGAACAUGUUCGUACAGAAAGAAAGAGUGGCCGAAGAGGAAAGCGGGGAAACAAACAAGAGACCAACGCACAGUACCAUGGUGUAUUAUCUUGUCGCAGCGUAUGCGUCCAGUCUCGGUGGUAUCGGUACCAUUGUCGGAAGCGGUACAAAUUUAACGUUGAAGGGCUUUUUAGAGAAGCGUUUUCCCAAUAGUCCCGGCAUAAAUUUUGCUUCUUGGAUGUUGUACUCGGUGCCACCCAUGCUAUUGAUGGGUUUGCUCACGUGGUUGUGGCUGCAGGUGAUGUACAUGGGUCUUUUCAGACCGAAAAGCAAAGAUGCUCAUGCCAUAGAUAUUGGACAGCAGGGUGAACGUGUUGCUGCGGCAGUCAUUGAGAAAAGGUACAAGGAACUUGGACCAAUCUCAUGGCACGAGUCCUCCGUGGGUAUCCUAUUUAUUUUCGUAGUGCUCUUGUGGUUCUUCAGAAGCCCUGGUUUUAUGCCGGGUUGGGCCGCUUAUAUCACAGACUUGUCUGUUAAGGAUUCGACCGCAGCCGCAUGUGUAACAAUACUAUUUUUUAUUAUUCCAUCAAAAUUGGAUUUUUUGCACGCGUUUAACAAGGAUCCGCGUAAACGGCCCACAAAAUCAUCGCUUGGUUUAAUAACAUGGAAGAUGAUAAACGAGAAAAUGCAUUGGAGUUUAAUAUUCGUGUUAGGUGGUGGAUUUGCUAUCUCAGCAGGUAGCACUUCAUCGGGUCUGUCGGAAAUGCUUGGUCAGUACCUGAUAGGUCUGCAAAAGAUUAAUGUGGUGGCAAUAUUGCUGAUCGUCUGCUUCUUCGCGGAGAACGUGACGGAGUUAACGGCCAACGUGGCUGUUGCAAAUAUUAUAUUGCCAGUAUUAGCGGAGAUGUGUGUGGCUAUUAAAAUACAUCCCUUGUAUCUAAUGCUGCCAGCGGCUCUCUGCUGUUCCUUUUCGUUUCAUCUACCAGUCGGUACCCCACCGAAUGCAAUUGCCAGUGCUGCGGGGCACAUAAAGACAAAAGAUUUUAUGAUCGCCGGUAUCGGACCCAGUAUCGUCACGCUCGUCGUCACUGCGGUGGCGUUUUCUACUUGGGGUACAUAUGUGUUUAAUCUAUCUGAAUUCCCCGAAUGGGCCACAUAGCAGUACUUACUCGGCAUGUACCUUCUAUUUGAUAUUUAUUUAUGAUAAUUAUGAUUUCAUUCCGCCAAAGUACGAAGAAUAAUUUUUACAACGACAAGAGUACUACUCGCACUAUGUAUUUUUUAUUUUCUCCCCUAAUCAAAUUCAUUUUCUACAUAUAUUUUUAUAAAUUUAAAAGAUAUUCGAUGCUUUAAGAAACAGCAUAAUCGCAAAACUAUCUUAUGAAAAGAAUAUAGACUGUACACGGAAAGAAUUUUUCGUUAUAUUUUACCCUUAAAUUCACUACAAACUUGGGACAACUUGGCAACCAAAAAAUUUUUUAAAUAU